UGCACCGAUUUUCCUGCAGUUUCUGACGAACAUCCACUAGAUAUUUCUGCUGAAAACAGCUGUCUUUGGUUAAUCUGCGGAAAAGUGCUUUUGUUGGGUCAUCAGAUAAUGACAAUGUAUGAGGUAGAUCCUGAUGUUUUAAGAUGGGGCCUCCAUCUCGUAGAUGUCUGCUCUCUUUCAAACAAUGGUUCUCCACAAACUCUCACGUGUUAUGCGGAGGACUUCUCUUGGACCCAGUCCGUAACGGAAGGUUUUUGUAGCCCAAAUGUGGAAAGUGACGAAGUUAUUGCUUACACUCUUCAGGAAGAACUAUCGAGGGCUUCAGAUGGAUCGGGAUUUACAUGUGCUGAAAAACAAUAUCAAGAUGAAACUAUUCUUGCUCAGGACUGGGUUAGACCUUUGGGACUGCACUCAAUUUCUGAGUUUCAGUCAAGUCAAGAAGAGGAGAAGAAAGAAGCAGUUUUAACCGAUCUUGAAAGAUUAUCAGUUGAUGGUGAUCAGCAAGGUAUUUUACCUGAAAUAGAAGAUGAGACAGAUAUUGAUGGUGAAUUGGGCAAAAGGCUGAAUCAGAUGGUGGCUGUUCCUCAUGUUCCAAAAACUAAUGGAGAUUUACCAUCAGCAGAUGAAGCCACGUCAGAUCAUCAAAGGCUUCUGGACCGAUUGCAGUUAUAUGAGCUAACUGAACUCAAGAUAUUGGGAGAUGGUAACUGUCAGUUCCGGUCCUUAUCAGAUCAAAUAUAUCGGACUCCAGAGCAUCAUAAAUUCGUAAGAGAGCAAGUAGUCAGCCAGCUGAAGUCUCAACCUGAAUUGUACGACAAUUAUGUGCCUAUGGCUUAUAGCGACUACUUGAAGAAAAUAAGCAAUAUUUUCUUGUCCAACCAGCUUUUAUAUGCUUACAGAAGUGGGGAAUGGGGUGAUCAUGUGACACUGCAGGCUGCCUCGGAUUGCUAUGGCAUCAAGAUCUUUGUGAUUACGUCGUUUAAGGAUACAUGCUACAUCGAGAUUCUUCCACAAACUGAAAAGUCAAAUAGAAUUAUAUUCUUGAGCUUUUGGGCUGAGGUGCACUAUAAUUCAAUUUAUCCAUUAGGAGAAGUUCCAGUGGUGGAGAGCAAGAAAAAGAAAAGGCGAUGGUGGGUGUGAAUUAAUCGAGACAUAUUUUGGAAAAUUUGGGACUUGGAUUCUACUUCUAAAGNUUUUAACUUGAGUUGUGGAUGAAUGAGUUGUACUAUUAUAGUUCUUAU